AUGUCAGAUAUUGAAAAAAAAUCACAAGUUCCACAUGAUUUAUCAGCUACACCAUCAUUAGAACAUGAAAUUCAAUCAUCAGAUAAUAUUUCAACUUCAGGAGAAAAUACUUUAAAAGAUGAAGAAUUAUAUAGUUUAAAAGAUGAAGUAUUACAUAAAAAAAUGAAAUUAAUAAAUGAUGCAAUUGAUGAAAUUGGUUUUACUCCUUAUCAUUUAAAAUUAUUUUUUUUAAAUGGGAUGGGAUAUUGGACAGAUACUCAAUUAACUUAUUUAGAAUCUUCAGUUCGUACAUUUAUAAAUUAUCAAUUUGGUUAUAAAUUCCCAGUAUCAAAUGAAUUAUUAGCUGCUGGAUUAUUAUUUGGUGCAGUAUUUUGGGGAUUUUCUGCUGAUUUAAUUGGUAGAAAAUUAGCUUUUAAUAUUAGUUUAUUAUUAAGUGGAUUAUUUACUAUAAUAACAGGCACUAUGUCAUCAAUGGCAAGUUAUUGUAUAUUUGUAUUUUUAAGUUGUUUUGCUGCAGGUGGGAAUUUAGUAUUAGAUACUUGUGUAUUUUUAGAAUAUUUACCACAUAAAAAUCAAUGGUUAUUAACAUUUUUUGCAUUUUUUUGGGGGAUAGGACAAGUUAUUGCAGUUGCUUUAGCUUAUGCUUUUUUACCUGGUAAUUCUUGUGAAAGUGCUGAUUAUUGUCCAUCACAUAUUAAUAAAGGUUGGAGAUAUGUUUAUUAUACUAAUGGAUCAAUUGUAUUAUUUAUGUCAUUAUUAAGAUUAACUGUUAUUAACCUAAAAGAAACUCCCAAAUUUUUAGUUUCAAAUAAUAGAGAUGCUGAAGCUAUUGAAAUUUUACAUGAUAUUGCUAAUAAAUAUGGUAGAACUUGUUCAUUAACUUUGGAAGACUUAGAAAAUUUAGGUAGUAUUAAAAUUAAUGAUGAUUAUAGAAAACAUAUUGAUUUUAGAGAAUUAUUUAAUUUAGUAAAACAUCAUAUUUCAAUUUUAUUUAGUUCUGCAAAAAUGGCAAGAUCAACAAGUUUAAUAUUUUUAUCUUGGUUUUUAUUAGGUAUAAGUUAUCCAUUAUUCAGUUCUUUCUUACCUCAAUAUUUAGCAACCAGAGGUUCAAACAUUUCAGCAUCAGAUACAAAGGGAGUAUAUAGAGAUAGUUUGAUUUCAAACACUGUAUCAAUGGCAGGUCCAUUAAUGGCUGGUGGAUUAUUAUAUUUUUUUCCCAUAUUAGGUAGAAGAGGUGUUUUAUGUAUUGGAGGAAUAUCAGCAAUGGCUUUCUUGUUUGGUUAUACACAAGUUAAAAAUAGAGCUCAAAAUGUUGCAUUAAGUUCAUUAUCAUUUGCAACUAUAUAUAUAUAUUAUGCAGUAUUAUAUGCAUAUACACCAGAAGUAUUUCCAAGUCAUGCAAGAGGUACUGGUAAUGCUUUAGCAAUUGCAAGUACAAGAGUUGCAACUGUUAUUGUUCCGUUAAUUGCUUAUUAUUCAAAUACUGCAAGUUCUGUACCAAUUUGGAUUUGUGGUGCUUUUGUUGGAGUUAUUGGCUUUUUAGCUUUGUUAUUGCCUUAUGAACCAAGUAAAUAUAGGGUAGUUUAG